AUGGUCAAUGCCAUUGUCUCACUCGCCGCGCUCGCGCUAUCAGCUCUCCCGGCCUUGAUCGAGGCUGCUCCUGCUCCUGGUCUUGGUCCUGCGCCAUGGGGUCCAUCUUUCUUCGGGUCCCCUGGGAAGUACCCGCCGUGUACGGAGGACAGAAUCAAGAUUCGCAAGGACUUUGACUCGAUGGCGCCUGCAGAACGAAAGGCCUUCACCGACGCAAUCAACUGUAUGAUGACCAAACCCUCGCAACUCGACCAGACCCUGUAUCCCGCCGCCACCAAUCGCUAUAUGGACUACGCUGUCACCCACGUCAAUCUCACCCAGCAGGUCCACCUGUCGGGGUUUUUCUUGACGUGGCACAGGUACUACGGGCACUUGUUUGAGCAAGAUCUGGCUGAACAAUGUGGAUACACGGGAGCAUUCCCAUACUGGAAUUGGCCAGCCACCGCGGACAACCUUCGUGGCUCGGCGGUGUUUGACGGAUCUGAGUACUCCAUGUCCGGCGACGGCAUCUACGUUGACGACGGACCUGUCGUUCUCUCCCCUUUUCUUCAACUUCCUCAUGGUUCAGGGGGAGGCUGUGUCAACACUGGCCCCUUCGCCGGGCUCCAGACCACAAUGGCCCCGAUUUCCAUCGACAACCUGAUUGCCGGUCUCCCUUUACCGGACACGGCAUUCCAACUCAACCAGACGUGCCUGACACGAGAUCUCAACACGUACGCCGCCCAGCGAUAUUGCAACUACACCGCGCUCUACGAAGCUCUUGACACCGACGACCUGUUGACGUUCGACCAGUUGAUCAACGGCGUUAUCGGUGGCGCAGAGCUGGGGCUGCACUCGGGUGCCCAUUUCAUCGUGGGUUCUCCAGCAUCGAGCAUUUUCGUCUCCGUCCAGGAUCCAAUCUGGUGGCCCCUGCACGCCAUGCUCGACAACCUCUACACUUCAUGGCAACUCCGUCAUCCGGACCUCGCCACGGCCGUGUAUGGGACGGAAACGGCCAACAAUGCGCCACCCAGUGCCAAUGUCACCCUUGACACCCCUCAUCCUGGUUGGGGCUAUUUUGAUCCCAACCAUUAUACCAUCAGAGACCUCAUUAGCACCACAUCUGGGCCGUUUUGCUAUAAAUAUGACGUCGCUCUGUAA